CCGACUAGUAGUAGUAACUAAUUUUCAGUACGAAUUGCGCUAACGCUUAACAACAACGGUCGCAAAAGCUCACAGUUUUACUCUCGUUCUGCUCCACAGCAAGUGAUUAAAAAGUAACAUCUCAGGUGUCCCAGAGUCUUCAGCAGGCAUCUUUCCUGGGUAUGUUGGCUCAUCAUCUCAUCACCUCCACGGCGUGUUGUGCUUUGUUGUUUGAUUUGCUCGGUCUGUCCGCACAUUCGUUCACGGAGGAGUGAAUUUAACUUUCCUUUUCAAUAUAAACCACAAACAAUAUGUGCUCCAACGUGCUGUGAAUACCGACCUCGGGGUCGCUUUUAUUUUCUUUCUUUCUGAUGGUUUUUCUUUUAAUUUGCUCAAUUUCGGUGCAGUGAGAAGGGAGCGGUUGUGUUUUGUGCAAGAUAAAUGAAGUAGCAAAGAAGCGGAGGAUCGAAGGAGGCGGAGGAUCGGUUCCCAGGGGUCUACGGCCAUUGCAACAAUAUCAUCUUGAACUGUCUGCCCGCCUGUCGGACUGUUUGUCAGCUAAACUAGCUUGACGUGCUGCUUGACUUGUGUUGCUGAGAGUGAUCAAGGUUUUCGGUUACAUUUCGACGGUUUCGGUUGAAAACCGAAAUCAUUCACUCCUAUCAAUAUGAAAGGAUGGUUUGACGCAUUUCGGGACGACGGUGGUCCAACGCUAUAUUCAUUCUCAAAUCGAACCCCUGUAACAGGAGAUGUGUCAAUUGUGGCAGUAUCAGUAUUAUUCGCUACCGUCUACGUAGCAUUUCUAGUUAUAUUCCCGGGAGUGAGAAAACAGAAAUUCACCACAUUUUCAACUGUGACGUUAAGUUUAUUCGUUGGACUAGUCAUAUUGAUAACUCGUCUUGGGUCAGCAUGGCAUGUGGCUAGUACCACAAUAAUGGCUCCAUACAAAGCUUUCUCACGGGAGAAGCUACCAGCCCGAAUCAGCGCCAAUAUUGGAUUAAUGCAUGUUAAUGUUACAUUAACAGCAUUACCCGUGCUCAACCACACCGACCGCGACAUUGACUUCAACGAACGCUUCACCUGGGAUGCAGCCACAGACAUGAAGAACUCCUACAAAAGCGCCCUGAAACGAGGUCUGCCCUACCCUAUCCUCACGGUAGCCGAAUACUUCAGUCUAGGACGAGAGGGUUUCUCUUGGGGUGGACAGUAUCGCGCUGCAGGUUAUUAUGCGAGUAUUCUACUUUGGUCAUCACUGGCUUCAUGGUUCCUUAUGAACCUUCUGUUGAUCGCUGUGCCACGCUAUGGAGCAUACAUGAAAUGCCUGACUGGCGCGCUUUUAGUGUGUACAAACGUUGGUUACUUCUUUAUGCUUCCCAAACGGCCCUUGGUGAUACAUAUUGAAGGUGGUAAACUGGAAUUCAGUUUUGGCUGGUGUUAUUGGUUGCUUUUGGUAGCAGGCGUUUUGUGUUUAUUCGUGGGGCUCGUAAUAUCAGCCAUUGAUCUAGUCUACCCUCAUACGUUCUCCACAGUUUUAGAGGUGUACUAUGACACACCAUACGACAGACACGUUAUAUUAGAAGAAUCACGUGAUGUUCGCUACCGCAAACGAAACAGUAAAGGACUUGAAGAUCCAACUAGUUUGGGAUCAAGGAUCUUAAGACGAUUAUCAUCAAAAACUAAGGAUACGACCGGUGGACCUAGUGGUGUCGACAAUAAGGGAUAUCAAAGUGACGUUCCCAAAAGCCCUUGGCGAUACCCAUUCCGUAGAGUGCAAAAUCUACCACAUCCACUGCAACGAACUAUCUCACAGGAUUCCACCUCUAGCAUAGCAUCCGCAGUGCAGAUAGCCCCUAUGCAUAAACAAGCCUUGUCGAGAAUUUUGCCAAAACCACCCCUUGAACGAACCGCAGAAGUGGGAAAUUGGUAGACUGUAGUGGUACCUGGACAAUCUGACAUGAUAAAUUCAUUAUAACGUGAGAUGAACAGCAACGAUGAUGUAUUUUGUGAUAAAUGAAUGAAAUUCAACAAAGAAGGAGAGUUAUGAGAGCGUUAUUCACAAGUCUAGUUGAUAAAAUCAAAACCAGUUGUUUUAAAAUAAUAGUUUUAUUUAUUCGAUGUAUCUUAAUUAUUAAUGUAUUCGUUUUUAUUAUUGUCUAUAAUUAAAUUUAUUAUUUAUUGACUGCGUA